UCUGUCCCGGCUCGCUGCCCCUGUGUGUGGCACUCCGUUCCCAUGCCAGGGUGCUCGGGCACCUGGCCCCUUUCCCCGCUGUGAUUUCGGGGAGUCGCGCGGUAGCCCGCCGGCACUGCCACCUCUCCUCACCCCUCCACCGCCACCGGGCGGCGGCGGGGGUCGCAGAGGGCACUCCCCACCAUGGCCUUCACCUUCGCCGCCUUUUGCUACAUGCUGUCGCUGGUCCUCUGCGCCGCCCUCAUCUUCUUCGCCAUCUGGCAUAUAAUUGCCUUUGAUGAACUUCGGACAGACUUCAAAAGCCCAAUAGAUCAGUGCAACCCAGUCCACGCGAGAGAGCGGCUGAGAAACAUUGAGCGCAUUUGCUUCCUCUUGCGAAAGCUGGUGUUGCCAGAGUACUCUAUCCAUAGUCUUUUCUGCAUUAUGUUUUUGUGUGCACAAGAGUGGCUCACAUUGGGGUUAAAUAUUCCUUUGCUGUUUUACCACUUCUGGAGGUAUUUUCGUUGCCCAGCAGAUAGUUCAGAGCUAGCAUAUGAUCCACCUGCAGUCAUGAAUGCAGACACAUUGAGUUACUGUCAAAAAGAAGCCUGGUGUAAACUAGCUUUUUAUCUCCUUUCCUUCUUCUACUAUCUGUACUGCAUGAUCUACACUUUGGUGAGCUCUUAACUGAAAGAUCAUCAUUAAAGACUGAAAACAACAAAGGCUGGAAGCACAAGGAUGAGUGAUCCAAAUGAUGCAUGACUUUAAAAAGGAAAAAAAAAAUAAGAAAGAAAAAAGCAAAGAGAUGAAAAUUUUGAACCCAAGAAGUAAACAGACUAUAUGAAAGAGAGAACCAGCAGAAUACUGUGGGAGAAUGUCUUCAUUAACUGUGGUUUAUCUCCUGUUUCUCCAUGUGUUGCCAUCAAUGACUUUCAAAAACCAAACUCAACAAAACAAAAAUGCAACAAGGUGGGCCAAGUGACACAACUAUUCACCUCUCCAAGGAUAAUGCUGCUUGGUUUAGUGGAUUCAUUAUAAACUAUAGUCCCUGCUGUCUUCCAGGGGGGCAAAGUUUCUUUUGUUAAUGACAAUUCUGGACUGAAGAAGCAGAGUCCAAGACCAUCUCGCUCAAAAUGAACAGCUAUACAACCUGUUGUGACAAUGAGCACCGACUGGAGUUCAGAUAAGAUGUGUGACUGUUCUGCAGAGGGUGUUCAUGAGACACUAAUCAAAGAGGGAUGUCAGAUCUUGUGGAAUUGCUUUAGCCCUGCUGGGUUUUUUUUCCACCCAUAACCAGAAUAACAAAGGAAUCUGCAGUUACAGUGUUCUGUUUUCUAAUGAUGUGCUACUCCUGUAGGUGAACAUCAAGUGUAUUCCAGUACUUCAUUUGUGAUGCACCAAUGACAUACAGUGAUAAGUAUAAAUACAUUGGGUUUGACCUAAUCAUGCCAAGCACUUUUAAGAAUAGUGUUCCUCUGACUGAAAGAAAACCAACAAAAAAACCCAACCAACCAAACACAAAACCUGCAAAAGAUAAAAAGCUACACAUAUUAAAAGAAUAAAAGAGGGUUGUAACAUAGGUUAUUGUAUUAAUCACAAUGCUGGAUAACAAAGUACUGGAGCAGCUAAUUGUGAUCUGUAAUUCUGUUUUGCAGCUUUAUUUCUGCUGUCAAAUUUAGGCUGGAACAAAUGUCUAAAAUGGUUUUGUCUUGUAUGAGGUUUGUAUUGAAAGAUGUUCAGGU